AGGAUGCAUUCUAAGAAAGUUUUAAAGUAUGUGAGCAGCUGCAACCUGAGAGUUGACCUAGCCAUGGAAAACCUCAUUGGCUCUCACUGGAUCAGACCAUAAUUGGCACUCUUAAAAAUUUUUCCCAUCAAAUUGUAUCAAGAAUGAAAAUCUAAGAUACACCUACCACUUCAGGAAAGUUACUCUUGCAGCAAACAGUCUAGCAGAUCAGCUUGUUUCUUUGACCAUCAAGGAGACAUACUCAAGCUACCAACACAACAGAGGAAGAUGUCUGUAUCGGAGCUAUUCACAUUAUGUGUUUGACCCAUUAGUAGGUCCUGAAAUUAAUUCUGUGAGUCAUGGUGGACAUUUUUUAAAAACAAAAUAAAAUAUAAAAUAUCAGAGUGCUUCCACGAAUCCUUUGCUAGAAUUGUCCAAGUUGCAAUGAAUACUAAAGUCACUUUCAAUAUGUGAGAAGAUAAUUAAUGGAGAGGAUGUGAUGAAUAGAAUUUAUUAGCUAAGAAAUGGUUUUUCAGUCAUUUGUCCACUGGUGUCUUAAUUUUCAUGAAAAUAAGUUAAUGUUCUGUCUAAUUUUGUAUUACUAUGACUUGCAACUAGAUGUGAAUUCAGAUGUUCAACUGAGAUUGAAUUGCAAACUGCAUUUUUUGCAACAUAUUAUCUAAGCUAUAUAUAUACACAUGUGUUUUGAGUUAGCAAGUAUAACAUUUUAAUCAGUUACUUUUAAAAUGGAUCAUUUCUUUUUAAAGAGAAAUAAUGAAAUGAAAUAUGCAGAAGCAUGUUCAAAUUCAACCAUUGGAUCUGAAAAUAUGAAUAGCAACAGUACUGAAAAAAAUAUCGACUCUAAUCUGCAAACUUCAACUUCAUUUGAGCCACAUUUCAAAAAGAAAAAAGUAAGUGCAAGAUGUUACAAUGAAGAUUAUUUAAAAUAUGGUUUUAUCAAAUGCGAAAAAUCCUUUGAAAAUGAUAGACCUCAGUGUGUUAUUUGUAAUAAUAUUCUUGCAAAUGAAAGCUUAAAACCUUCAAAAUUAAAAAGGCACUUAGAAACUCACCAUGCUGAGCUUAUUGAUAAGCCUCUUGAAUAUUUUCAAAGGAAGAAAAAAACUGUAAAAUUAUCAACACAGUUUCUUAGUUCUACAACUGUUAGUGAAAAGGCCUUAUUAUCAUCGUAUCUAGUUGCGUAUCGUGUGGCCAAAGAGAAAAUGGCUCACACAGCUGCUGAAAAAAUCAUUCUUCCAGCAUGUUUGGAUAUGGUGUGUACAAUUUUCGAUGAUAAAUCAGCUGACAAAUUAAAAACUAUUUCUAGUGAUUAUACAGUAUCUCUUCGAAUUUGUACAAUUGCAGAACAUUUAGAAACAACGCUUAUUACUCGAUUACAAUCUGGUAUAGAUUUUGCGAUCCAGCUUGAUGAAAGCACCGAUACUGGAAGCUGUGCGACACUUUUAGUUUAUGUCAGGUAUGUGUGGCAAGAUGAUUUUGUGGAGGAUUUUUUGUGUUGUUUAAAUUUAAUCUUACACCUAAGUGGAUUGGAUAUUUUUACAGAAUUAGAAAAGUGCAUUGUUGGCCAAUAUAAAUUAAACUGGAAAAACUGCAAAGGAAUUACAAGCGAUGGAGCAGCAAACAUAACUGGGAAACACAGCAGAGUAAUUGAAAAAUUGCUUGAAGUUACUAAUAAUGGCGCUCUUUGGAAUCAUUGUUUUAUACAGCAUGAAGCUUUAGCAUCCAGAGAAAUUCCCCAGAAUCUCAUGGAAGUAUUGAAACAUGCAGUGAAAGUUGUUAAUUUUAUUAAAGGAAGCUCACUAAAUAGCUGGCUUCUUGAAACAUUUUGUUCAGAGAUUGGAACUAAUCAUACCCACUUACUGUAUCAUACCAAAGUUCGUUGGUUGUCUCAAGGGAAAAUACUUGGUAGGGUUUAUGAACUCAGGAAUGAGAUUCACAGUUUUCUCACUGAAAAAAAAUCUGAUUUGGCAAGUAUUUUUGGAGAUGAUAUUUGGGUAACAAAAAUGGCAUAUUUAACUGAUAUUUUUGGCAUACUUAAUGAAAUAAGUUUAAAACUACAGAGGAAAAACAGUGAUAUAUUCCAACAGGUCGAAUGUAUCCAAGCAUUCCAAAAGACAUUAUUACUGUGGCAAACAAGACUUAAAAGCAAUCAUCCCAGCUAUUACAUGUUUCCAAGAUUUUUGCAACAUACUGAAGAGAAUAUCAUUAAUGAAAACAUUUUGAAAGAAGUAAAAUUAGAGAUACUGUUGCAUCUCACUUCUCUAUCUCGAACUCUUAACUAUUUAUUUCCAGAAGAGAAAUUUGAAACGUUGAGAGAAAACUGUUGGGUAAAAGAUCCGUUUGCUUUUAGAAACCCAGAAUCAAUGAUUGAGUUUAACUUAGUGCCUGAAGAAGAGAAUGAAUGAAUACAGCUCAGUUCUUCAUAUACAUUGAAGAAUGAUUAUGAAACCUUAAGUUUAUCAGCCUUUUGGAUUAAGGUAAAGGAAGACUUUCCCUUGCUAAGUAGAAAAAGUGUCCUGCUGUUAUUACCUUUCACAACAACUACGUUGUGUGAACUAGGAUUUUCAGUCUUACCGCAGUUAAAAACGAAGGGAAGAAAUGGAUUGAAUGGCACAGCAGACAUGCGGGUAGCCUUAUCCUCCUGUGUUCCAAACUGGAAUGAACUUACCAACAGGCAAGCACACUCAUCACAUUAAACAAAUCUUACCUGUUUUUUUUGUUUCUGUGUUUCUCAUUUUCUGAUAUUUUUAUAUGUCAUAUUUAAGUAUUAAUACAACAUUGUAUGUGAUAACUAUUUUUCUUAUAUUUAAGUAUUAAUAAAACCAAUGUAAUUUUAUAUUUAUUGAGCAAAAAUUUAAUGAACCUCUUGUUAGAGGCCAGGAACUAUUCUAGAGACAUUUGGGAGACGAAACAAAGAUCGUUCUGUAGUGGAGCUUAUGUUCUGGCAGGGAGAGAGAGACAGUGAGCAUAGUAGGUAAACUUUAUAAUAAUUAGAGGAAAAUGAGUAUGAGAGAGAGAAGAAAGGAGGUCAGAGGACUAUUUGGGGACUAAAUCAUGAAUGGCUUUUGUAGACCAUUAUAGGGCCUCUGGGUUUUUGUCAGUGAAACAGCAAUUGAAGGAUUAUGUGGAAGAGAGAAGUGAAACAAAUUAGGUUUUAAAAGACUCACUCUGCUAUUUUCAGGAUAGGUUGAAUUAAAUGUUACAUCCCUAAAGAGGUCUUUCCUAACUACCUUAAGUUUAGGUACAGCCUCUAUUUUUUUUCCUUCUUUGUAGUAUAUAAUUAGUAAUAUAUUUGAAUACUAGUACUGUCAAUCUGCCACCCUGAAUGAAUGCUCCAUAGGAGUAAAGAUUGUGCAUCUUGCAUGAUACAUAAAGCAGAUAUUUAGUAUACAUUUUAUGAAUAAAUGAGUCAAUGAUGUCUAACAUCUCUAACUCGAGGUCAUUUUCCCAGGAAUAAUUACUAAAUGUGUGGCAAAUUUCUUUGCCUUUUUUAUAUCUUAGAAUGUGAGUUGAUUAGGUCAUCUCUAUAAGUAUCCAAAAGUGACAUUGAUUGAUGUUUCCUCUCACUGUUGAUAAACUUACAUUGCUUGAUAUGUCUUCCUCAAACUGAUUUCAACUUCCACCUCUGUUCCCUGACCCCACUGGGUGAUGCUGCUUUUGACAUGGUCUUCCUCUGAAAUCAUAAAGGCUAGCAAAUCCUUUCCAUCAGCUCCCACAACCUAGCAUUAUUGUGAUAAUUGAUUUCUGAGAUGUUUCUGUUAUAUUGAAAGUUAAAAUUUUUCCCUUUUUGUGCUUGAAAUAAAGCAUUGAAAGACAAUUCUUUAUAAAUUUAUCACAUUUCUACACAGUCUGGAUCCUCUGAGAGGUAUUUGCCUCCAAGUUAAGAAUGUGUAAGGGGACAUUCCAGGAUACUAAAGCGAUAGACAGCUCCUUCCCUAGCGACAUCCCAGAGAAGUAAAGGUAAAGUCCUCUCCUUCCCCUCCCCAGAGAUGUUUGUUUGCAUUCCAGAGUAAUGACUAGAACCUGGAGGAGAGGAUGGGAAGGUGUGCCCGCAGCUCCAUAAAACCUGAGUCUCCUGUGGUACAGCCUCCUGCAUGAUGCAGUGUAACACCUGCCAUGAGAACAAUUCCCAUCUGCCGUGGGAAUUGGAGCCUGGGGGACUGAUGCGCAGUGCUGGUCUGGCAGUUUUGGGGUCUUUGUCUUUUUUUUCUUUGCUGUGAGUAAUAAAUUGUUCCUCUUA